AUGUCAGGCCGCGGAAAGCAGGGAGGCAAAGCUCGGGCCAAGGCUAAGUCGCGCUCAUCCCGCGCUGGCCUUCAGUUCCCCGUAGGGCGAGUGCACCGCCUGCUGCGCAAAGGCAACUACGCCGAAAGGGUGGGGGCCGGCGCACCGGUGUACUUGGCGGCGGUCCUGGAGUACCUGACCGCGGAAAUCCUGGAGCUGGCGGGCAACGCCGCCCGAGACAACAAGAAGACGCGUAUCAUCCCUCGCCAUUUGCAACUGGCCGUGAGAAAUGAUGAAGAGCUCAACAAGUUACUCGGGGGUGUCACUAUUGCCCAGGGCGGUGUCUUACCCAACAUCCAGGCAGUCUUAUUGCCCAAAAAAACGGAGAGUCACAAGCCUGGCAAGAAUAAGUAA